UUUUUGCCCUCCCUCCCUCCGACGACGACCCCCACGGCCAAAGCCCUUUGGAGCAUGGCUACUCUGCUGCGGAAAAUCGGGCUCAUCCGUAUCCACAACAGGGACACCGAGGACCCCAAGCAUCACCACCACCACCAUCACCACCACCGUCGCGGCAGCAUCCAGCAAGGCUCCUCGCUGCGGGGCAAAAGCAACCAGAAGAAUAAGCAGCAGCAGCAGCAGCUGCAAGGCACGCCGGCCAGCGGCUGCGGGAGCCCCGGCAAAGAGAGCUGCAGCAGCAGCCGAGGCAACAGCCCCGCGCGCAACAAGCCCAAGAAGGUGCUGGAAGUAGCCAAGCAGCUGCAACAGGCGAGCCCCGACGGCGCGCCAGAGAAAGCGCAGCAGCAGCAGCAGCAGCAGCGCGACGGCAAGGAGGCUGGCUCGGGCAAGGACCCGGCGUCGGGGGGCAGUGUCGGGCGCUCCAGCACCCCGGCCUUGGUGCCGCCGUCGCUGGUGCCAGCCAGCCGGCAGGCGCACUGCACGCAAGUGCGCACCCGACGGCUGAUGAAGGAGCUGCAGGACAUCGCGCGCUUGAGCGACCGCUUCAUCUCGGUGGAGCUGGUGGACGAGAGCCUGUUCGACUGGAACGUGAAGCUGCACCAGGUGGACAAGGACUCGGUGCUGUGGCAGGACAUGAAGGAGACCAACACCGAGUACAUUUUGCUCAACCUCACCUUCCCGGACAACUUCCCCUUCGCGCCACCCUUCAUGCGGGUGCUCAGCCCGCGUCUGGAGAACGGCUACGUCCUGGACGGCGGCGCCAUCUGCAUGGAGCUGCUCACCCCCAGAGGCUGGUCCAGCGCCUACACCGUCGAGGCCGUCAUGCGCCAGUUUGCCGCCAGCCUUGUCAAAGGGCAGGGACGCAUCUGCAGAAAAGCCGGGAAAUCAAAAAAGUCCUUCAGCCGCAAGGAAGCCGAAGCAACUUUUAAGAGCUUGGUGAAGACCCACGAAAAAUACGGCUGGGUCACUCCCCCCGUGUCUGAUGGCUGAUGCUGCUUGCAACCCCACUCAUCAGACGCUAAACAAAACAACACGACAACGAUGAAGUACUCUUUUGACAUUUCCUCAAUGCUGUAUACCACAUCCAUCCUUUUUUCUACUUCAGCUUCUGUUAGAUAUCAUGAAUGUCACGGAGACGUCCAAAUUAUUUAUGAACAGAUCUGUUUACAGAGGGAGGGAGGGAGGGGAAAUGCUGUAUAAGAUUAUAUUUUGAAACUGGCGAAUGGUCGGUCGAUCAUUAACAAGUCACUUUAGCGCAGAUGUUGAGAUUGUAUCACUUGCCCCCUUCUCUCCCCCCCCCCCCCGUUCUUCCAUCUGAG